GGGGGUUACGUGGUGACGUUAAUUCUAUAUGAGCGCGAGCGGCGGGAGCGCGGGUCCUUUCACCGCCGGCCGCGCGGCGCCUCCGCCUCGCUGCUCCUGAGUCACCGGGCCCGCGGGCCGCGCAGUGUUUGAAAUCUAGCAGAAUGGCAGACAUAGACAACAAAGAACAGUCUGAACUUGAUCAGCAGGAUAUGGAAGAUGUUGAAGAAGUGGAAGAAGAAGAAACUGGUGAAGAUGCCAACAGCAAAGCUCGGCAGUUGACUGUGCAGAUGAUGCAAAAUCCUCAGAUUCUUGCAGCUCUUCAGGAAAGACUUGAUGGUCUGGUAGGAACAUCUGCAGGAUAUGUAGAAAGGUACGGCAUUUGGAAGUGUAAAGUGUACGGCUCUCUUGCUGUGGUAGGGUCCUACAUUGCUAUUGGUUUGAACUGGGGCAGCUACUGGUCUUUUCAGGAACAUGAUGAACCUAUCCUGAAAUACUUAAAAGAUAUAAAAGUGAAAUUUUCAGAAGUUGGACAGCCUAUGAGUUUCACAUUAGAAUUUCAUUUUGAACCAAACGACUACUUCACAAAUGAAGUGUUGACAAAGACAUAUAGAAUGAGGUCAGAACCAGAUGAUUCUGAUCCCUUCUCCUUUGAUGGACCGGAAAUCAUGGGUUGUACAGGUUGUCAAAUAGACUGGAAAAAAGGAAAGAAUGUUACUUUGAAAACCAUUAAGAAGAAGCAGAAACAUAAGGGCCGUGGAACAGUUAGAACUGUGACAAAAACUGUUUCCAAUGACUCUUUCUUCAACUUCUUUAGUCCUCCUGAAGUUCCCGAAAGUGGAGAUCUGGAUGAUGAUUCUGAGGCAAUCCUCGCUGCAGACUUUGAAAUAGGUCAUUUCUUGCGUGAACGUAUAGUCCCCCGAUCAGUAUUGUACUUCACGGGAGAAGCUAUUGAAGAUGAUGAUGAUGACUAUGAUGAAGAAGGUGAAGAGGCAGAUGACGAGGAGGGGGAAGAAGAAGCAGAUGAAGAAAAUGAUCCUGAUUAUGACCCAAAAAAGGAUCAAAACCCAGCAGAAUGCAAGCAGCAGUGAAGCAGUGUGUAUGUGGCCUUGAGGAUUACCUGCACUGUAAUAGCCUAAACACAACUAUUAGUUACUUACAGCCUUAUGUUUUGUAUCUUGGUAGAAUUAAGUAACCAAUUUGUUAAAAAAAGAAAUCAAACACAUAAGAACCAGUUUAAAAUGUAGGUUCAAUCUACCUAGCAUUUUAACAGUAUAAUUUUCUGCCAAUAUGUAGAAUGCAGUAAAUUCCCUAAAGCAUGAAUGUUAAUUCAUUGCUACAUAGUUUGGUUCUUGUGAAGUCUUUGUCAUGUAGCUAUUAGACUGCAGCUGUGAAGAUUAUCAGAACUGUUAACUGAGACCAAUAUUUGUUUAGAGAAAACUCUCUCCUGAAGAACCAACCAAAGUAUUUUUCAGCCCAGUAGUCUGAACGGGUUUAAGUCUGCUUGCACUAGCUGUGCCUUCAUUACUUUGUUAUAGAAAUGGCAGUGACUUGUACUAACUAGGAGAUGAUGAUGCAUUUUGAAUUUGACUACUUGAGAAGACUAGUAUAACUUGUUUAAUUUCCAAUGAGACCACAUUAAACAUUCAUAACUGUCAGCUUGUUUAUGCUAUGGGUUUUGUAUUUUAUGUGACACAGUGAUCUACAAAAGAAACCUAGUCAUCAUAUUAAGGUUAUUGUUUACCACUGGGGUGUGAAUAAAACCUAGUAUUUUCAGAAGCUAGUCUUGUUUUAUUAUGUUUGUAUCUGCACGUGUAAACUGGUAAGAUGUAUCUUACAUGCUGCAGUUCAUGUUUUACUUGAAACAAACGUUGAUAAUUACUGACAAGUAAGUUAUAUAGCAUUUGAAAAACAAACACAAUAGUUUGGAAAGUUUGAUCAGUACUUUCCGUUUGCAGUGUGAUACUUGUGAAUCUGAGCUAGAUGUUCCAGUGAUUGGUCCACACUGCCAUUUUAGAGAAGACAAGUCCUUAGAAAUGGGGCUAGAUCUGAUAAAGGACUUCAGUAUUGCUGUGCCUGACUUUAAGGCAUUGCAUAUUAGUAUGAAAUCUGAAGCAAAGUGCCUUGGAUUUUCAGUCUGUGUAGAACAGAGCUAUGUUAUCCUGAACAAAACCUACCCUGCAGCCGAAGGGAGUGCUAGAACACUUAGCUCUGUAUCAUCUGUGGAGGAGGAAACAAACCAAAAAGAAUUCCUCUUUCUUCACCUAAUGUUCUGUUCAUGUGCUUGUGUUGGCACGUUCUGGUUCAUACUUUUGUCCAUAUUGGAUGUUUAUUCUCAGUUGAAACACAUGGGCUAGAAGACCUUUCUCAUUCUAACCUUGCCUCUAGCCUAUUAGUGGAGGUGCUGGAUGAUGCUGGAGAUGUAGAUUUGAACUCACUCAGCUGAAGGAGACUGUGAAUUUAUGUAUGCUGAGUUUUCCCAGUCAGUAGCAUGCUACUGUACUCUGUGCAGUCUUGUCCUUCACAGAUAACUAUAUCAGUUCUGAUCUUCUAAAUAAGUAGUUAGAGAGCUUUUUUGGGCAUAGAAGGGUCCUUGUAGGAUUGGAAAGAAAUGUCUAGCUAUCUGUGGAUUUAUUUCUUCGGUAGCUACUUUUUUUUUUUUUUUUGUGCCACUCCUAUACUGACUUAGUUUGGAAAGACCAGGGCAAGCAGGAGUCAAUAACAUGAGGAUAGGGCUGGUAGAAGAGUUUCUCUAGCGUGUCUCUUGCUUGGAGGGUAAGUAAUGCAGAAUGAACCUUAUCCCAAGUGCCCUUCUGAAUCAUCAGGCCCCCUGAGAGGAUGUGGGUCUAGUGUCCUCUGACUAAACUGUUUUUUGUUUUAUUUGUUCUUAUUUUUAAUGCCUUGAAGGUUUAAAUAUCACACUGCUUCAUUUCAGAAUCCCUGUCGGGCUUUGUCCCUCUCAGGAUAUCCAUGGAUUUGGGAAAAGGAGCUCAUGUUAUCUAUAGCUGUAUAUAAAACAGGACUGUUGAAGCUGUGAUCUUGGGUGUUUUUUAGGUAACACAUAUAUCAUAGCAUAGAAAAACACAGUUAUGAAAGGUUAACAAUCGUUCUCUAGUAGGUGUGUGAUAAAGUAGGUGUGGUUUUGUUCUUGUGAUACCAGAAUAUGCGUAUCCUUUGAGGCAGUGACCCUGCCAGGUGUUUGGGUUUCACAUGGUCUCUUUGCUGAGCAUCUCCCAGGUUUAGGUUUAAACUUCAGGGCAUGUGGAGACCAAACUAAUGGCAUGUUAUGAGCUUGAGCAGUCAUUAAUAUGGGGCUUUGGGAUUCAUACUUCUGGACAUGCAAAGUCUCUGAAGUCCUUACUUAGAUCUAGCCCAUUUUUGCUAACAGCAUCUGGAAUCUGUAUCUUAAAAAGAAAAUGAACUGUUAAAAGUUGUCUAAGUUUCAAAAUUCACUGUACUUAACAAAUUUGGCUUGUUCUUUGAUUGCUGUCUCGUUUAACAUCUUCAUAACAUACAAUGGGAUACAAUAUUUCAAAAGGGGAGUUGGUACAUGUCAGAGCACACCUGCAGCCUGCAAGAUCCAGGGCCAUGAAUCCAUCUUUACUGACAGAUUUUGGUAAGCUUCUCUCUGGACUGACUUGCUAGUUCUAAAGCAGCAGUUCUUGUGGUCUCCAGACUGCAGCAAAAGGAAGGAUAAAAUAUAAAUAAGGUGCCAUUUCUUAUGGCAUUGGUUAAAUAAAAACUUUUGGUGCUUAACAUAGUUUUGUUAUCAACGACACUGUUGUUUAGCAGUUCUGAAAGGCAGUAUGUAGCAGGAACAUUAAACUUUCAACAUUGAUUGGAGUGUUAUGACUCAUUCUUUUCACAUAGAGCAUGUCCUCAUUUAGUAUUUGAGAAGGAUAAGUUACCAUGUUAAGAAGCUCAUGCUAGAAAAAUAUGUCACUGAAAUGGAAUUUCUUGGGCAGUAGUUGCAGUACCACACCAAAGUUUAGCAUCUGUGUAAAUGGUGUCUUCUGUCCAGUUUUGGUUGCUGUAUCAAAGGGUGACUUAUCUUGAAGAAAAGUGGGAGGUUGGUGAGGGAAGAGGUAGGAGAAUUUAAUGAGACUUGAAUGACAGUGAAGUGUGCUCAGAGUUUAUACUUGAUGGAGAGGGGAUGGUUCUUCAUAAUUCUAUACUUUUAGCAAUCUAGAUUAGAUUACAUUAGGACUAAAGAGUUUGCCUGUCUGAUAAAAUUUUGGUUGUGUUAAAAAAAAUAAUAAUUAAAAAACCCCGACAGCAUCCUGAAAUAAAGGAGACCAAAUUUAAGCUUAGUAUUCUGAGGGUUUACUUUUUGGAGAAGGGUGAUGUCAGGUGCAGUUAGAAGUGUUACCUUGGAUUACAUGAACACUAUCAUAGCAACGCUGCUUACCAAUGUCUCCUACAGCUAACUAGCUUCAUAAGCUUGGAUUCUUACUUGGAUUCUUGGAACUGAUGUUUCCCAAGCUAAUGGCAGAUACUGUAAUUUUGACAUGUUUUGGUUUUUAAGUGAAAACCUCAUUGGAAUAUAGAAAAAUACAGAAAUUGAAUGUGUUCAUCUUUGCCUUCCAGCUGGUACUUCAACUUUCCCUGUGUUUUAAGGCUAGUUGUUGUAGACCUGACUUGGAAAUUGAUGGGAAGUUUAUAUACGGAUGGGCGAUUAACUUGUCUGCCGAAAGUUUUUUAUUUCCUAAAGUAUCUAUGCAGCAGUUGUUUCUCAGAUGCUUUCUGUUGGGCAGAGGAUUGUGGUGUGGCAUUCUCAGUGGCUUAAGGAAGCAAAAUGCUAAACCCCUCUGUACAGAGGGGGCAGCCUGAUAAUGAAGGCAUUUCUGUAUGGAACAGCCUUCAUGGUCUGCUAGGUUGGGGCUACAGGUGCAUGGAUAUAGGUAGAUAGUAGGUAGACUCAGCUCUACAGCACUUUUUCCUUUAUUCUGUGCAGAUGUAUCCUCCUUCAAUCCAAGACUUUCUUGUGCAGGUUGGAGAAGCUGUUGCUACCACACCUCCAGUUUUGUUUCUUAAUAACUGCUCAGUUCUGUUUGAGAUGCACUGAUUCCCCUCAAGUUUUCAAAAAGGUGUCGAAAUAAUUCCUAAUGCUUACCUGAAGAGAACAUAAAUUCCCUACUGGAAAUAGUAAGUCUUACUUCUAUACACUAGCAAGAGGAGUUGAAGUUUGUCCAUGUGGGAUGUUGGACAAGAUUUAUCUCAUUGCUCUUUAAAUCCUCCUGUUAGACCUUUGGCAAGGCCUAGUAGUCUUCCACAUGUGACUUGUUUCUCAGCUUUUUAGGAAAAUCAGAACAAGUAAAGCAGGCAGGAUGACACACAAAGUACAGAUAAGCUAUUCUAUAUUUGGCUCUGCUUGGUGUAUACCAGAAAUGGGUGUACAAGGCGUGAGGGGCUGCGGCAGAAGGGUUCUUUUGUUCACAGGCAUUUAACUAAAGCAUGUAAAUUGACAACAUGAGUUGGCUCUGCAGCUGCAGGAGGGGCUCAGACCCUGUUAUGAGCUUGGCUUCUAUGUCCUUCAGUGUUGUGAGUAAUUGCCCAAAUUUAUGUUUGCCCUGCAGUGGAGAAACAGUAUGUUCUGAACUUGCAGAAUGUUUUACUGUGGUGGUCAAGUCUGAGAAACUUAAAUCCCUUUACAGACUAGUUUUUCUCUACAAUGUGUGCUUAAGUACUUUUUUAAUAUUUUUGGAAGAAGAAGGUUUAUACAGCUGUCUGUGAGAGGGAGUUCAUAAAAAGAAAAGUCUCUCCCUGAGAUCACCUGUUCAGUGUUUCAGUGUUCUGUCAGCAGCAAGUUCCAGUGAAAUUACUGGGAGAUAGUAAUGGUCAAGAAAAUCCGUUAAGGAUUAGCCACUUACUGUCCACUUGCUUUAAUGACAUAUUGCAACACAUCUAUUUGUCAUGUAUUUCUCAUGAAAUUUCCCCUGACUUAUUUUCUCCCUCAUUUUCCUUCUGUUUAGCAAUGACCAGCUCAUAUUUCAUUUAAGUUUCCUUCUUAACCCUUUUUCUGUUUUAGUCACUUCUCAGAAGAAGUUAUGAUGCUUCAGGGUUUUCGCUCAGGAUAGGUUUAGCAUCCCUUUGAAACUAAUAGUUGAUAGGUGAUGUCAAGCUGCUGUCUGCAGAUUCUGGCAGAACACUAGGAAAAUAUGAGCUUUUUAGUUUUUCACAGUCACUUCCCUAAACAAUGUUUAACUUGCCUCAGGAUUUAAAAAGAAGACUUUAAAUACUCUUAACCAUAAUUAUUCUCUAAUUAAGGUUGGACAUACAAAAUUUCAACAAAGUUAGGAAGCUUAUGAUACAGGAGACCAGAGUAUUUAACAAGAAAGCAUUUCUGUUACCAGUAUCAACUUUGAACACAGAAAAGGAAAAAUUCAGUAUGAAAUACAUGUAUCUCACAUGGUAGAGGCUUUCAAGGAAUCAGAUUAGGUGUUUUUUCAGGUUGUAGUAUCUCAGGUUUGACAGUAGGAGGCAUCUUCUCAUCAGCCAUUUCUGGGUGGAUGCAGAACCUGCAUGGUGGAAACUGCAAUAAAGGUAGCAGAUGUGGAACAUUUAAUAAAAUUGCAGUGGUUUAAAUGUAUAUUAUAAGGAAAGUAAAAUCUCAUUGGGAUAAUGUAGUGCGCUUAACUGUAUUGAAUGUGGUUUUUCAAAAUAGUAACAUAAAUAUUUACAAAAGUUCAGUUUUGACUUGCAUCUAGGAAAAUGAAGUUUGUUAUCCUUUACUAGCAAAUUCUGCACAAUUAAAUUGGGUUAUCUUGUUCUUUUACCAUGUAAUUGUCAGUAUUUCAUCUUACCCCAUUCUCUUAGCUUUUGGUGGGUUUAGUCAAAUGUAGUGUAUUUUAAAUGGCUGUUAAUAUUUGUUGGCUUACAGAGUACAAGUUUAAAUGGAUGUUUUGCAUGUUUGCUUCUGAUCACAUGCUUAGGUGAAUUUCACCAGGAAUAAACAGUUGUUGUAAGUCUA